AUGCCUUCAAAAAAGAUGCUGAUCAUUUUGGCAUAUUUUGGAGCUCUUCCAUUUAUUUUUGCACCACUUCCAAUGGAAACGAGUCAUCAGGCGGACUUGAAAGAGGCCGGUUUAACAUUGAGGCUUGCGAUUCCAGGUAGCGGAGAGAAGCAUCCAAUCAUCGAUACAUACUUGCAAGGAAUUCCAUCCAGAGAAUUGUAUGACACGAAAUCCGUCAUAGCGAAAUGUGGAACGGAUGAAUCAUCCUUACCUAAAGCUACGACACGCACACCUCACCAUUUGACUUCGACUGACAACCUCGAUUUGGAGCUAACUCUUACGCCCGGAAGAAGGAGAAAAAAUGUCGACUCAAACGCUGCAAGAAAGAGAGUUUGCUCUCAUACAAAGAAUUUCAGUCUGGACAACGUGAUCCAUUCUGCCAGGCUGGAGAAGAUCAGCACACAACCUGAUCCUAGUCAGUUGAUGAACAGUCCGGAAAUGCAACAACGUACCAAUCCCAUGGAGAUAGCGCAUCAAGACUCCUCAGGAGCACCAUGGCUUACCCUCGGACGGGGGAUGUCAGUUCAUCCAGAUGAUUGGGCGCAUAGCCCAGGUAGAUUGCAAUCAACUCAAGAUAUCCUAAAUAAGAUGGCACGUAAUUAUGCCAUAAGAUCAUGGCUCACGCUUGGACAUCAACCUCCUGCUUUAGAUACAAGGAAUGAACAACAUCAGAUAUCUGAUGCAAAAGCACCUGUCAGAGCAAAUAGGAGAAGGUGGAGUGAAGCAAAUCCAAAUAGAAUCUCAAGAUCAACUUUGACAGAUUCUUCAAAAAUCUCUUUGCAUCACAGCAAUGUAGAUCACAGAGAAGUACAACCAGGAAUAAGUGAAGGAUAUACACACAGGAAGUUCAAUGCUUUGGAUCACAAUGGGCCAAGUGUGCAAUGGAGUAAACCUGAUUCACAAGAUCCUUCCUUCAAACCAAUAAGGCUUAAUCAAGCUUCCAGUCUCUCAAGACCUGAGAAACUUAGUCUGGUAUCUAGGACUAAUUCUAAGGACAAAGGCACCAUCACAGGGAAGAGUUUGGAAGGGAGGGAUUUAAUGGAGCCAGCAACCCAGUCAUUACAUAUGACUUUUGACAAAAAUAGAAUGUUGGAGCCUAGAUAUGGAGAUGACUUUGAAUACCAAAGAUACUUGAUCAAGACAUUAAGAGAACCACUUUCAGAAGAAAUAUCCCGAGGCCUUAUUAAGAACUGA